AGUCGCGAAGGAUGUGCAAGAAGCGCAAGUGGUUUCGAGUUGACGAAGUCUCGCGCAGAUGGGCAAGCUCCCUUAAGAAAAACCACGGGGGCCUCUAGUCCUCCGAUAGGUGCCCUCCUUGUAAUGCAGCAGCACGCUCUGUUGGCCUUCCGACACUGGCGUAAACUCUUUCUUUGUGGUGCAAAGGCGUGCCACCGUGCUUGUGGUCGGAGAGCGUCGCGUGGGUGGAUGCGCGGGGUUAGGCGAUGCACUGUCGGGAUUGGAUUGGCAGAGGCAGGUCGUUUGAACCCAAUUCGGCGCCUAAAGGGAAGAGUUGGGAUUCGAAGUCUAUGGAAUGAGUGGGAGGCUGAUGAACCAGUGGCUUACCUUGCUCAGCUGUGCGUUGUGCUUGCAGGAUGUUUCCGAAAAGACUGCUCGCUUGAUUCGACGAAAUUGGGCUCAGUAGAAAUCAUGCGUGGUGCAAGAACCACUGCAGCAGGGGAAAGAACCGAGGCAGCGCGCUAAGAAACAAAAAAUACGGAUUAAUUAGGCACAGCAACCGAAAUCAUCCUAAUCCUAGGGCAUAGCUUGAAAGCUUGAAAGACAUUCCAAGAGACAGCAUCAUCAAAGAGACCGGGCCAUCAAGGUAAUACAGCUGCAAAUUAGCAAGGCAAUGGCCAAUGGAAACUGUACAUACGUACGAAGUACCUUACUCAUAUGACCACUCACGAAGGGGUCAAGAGAAUCAUUUCUCACUCAACUUCUGUCUACCAU